UUGUAAGUAUUCUCAUGCAAUUGUAAUCCCUUAUAGUACUAUUUCCAGUGUAUAAUUUCCUUAUUUACUACUGCUGCCCAAUAGCCUCUUGUCGAAUAUCAUAAUAAAAGAGCUGUGAUAUUUUAAGAGUAUAGGUAUAAUACGUACAUGUCUCUUGCCUCACCUAUAGAGCCUUCCAUUCUGUAUGCACUCAAAUAUCAACUAAAGAUCUCAUCACUGUCUCCGAAAACUUUAAAGUUUAACGCUCGUCGUCAGUCGAGGAGGAUCAGCAGCCGAGUACACACAUAUGCUAUUAACAGACUAGCCAUCAAGUAGCAACAACAUCCAAAUUUUUUGUUGCAAGCAUGUAUUAAUUAUAAAAAAUAUUUUCAAUGAAAAUUCUUAGUGUUUGGGCUAACAGAUCACAGAAUUGCAUGGAAAGUGUCAGAGUGCGGAAAUAGUAUUCUUGAUCUAAAAAUAAAACACCAACAUACAAAUACAUACAUACGUAUGUAUACUCUAAGUAGAUAUACCAAUUUAAUGAGUUAAUCGAAAAUUAUACAAGCAGCGUACAGUGUGAAAUUGAAUAAAACAAAAUAAUUUUUCGUAAAAAUUUGGAUUAUCAAUUAAGAAAAAAUUAAUAUACACGAACAUGUCCACCUCACCGCCAGAAUCGGCAUCACCCACCACCUGUACCGUAUGUCAAACACCAGCAAAGCUUUACUGUUCAGCAUGCAAGCUGGUGAAAUACUGUGGCCCCGAGCACCAAAGGCAGCACUGGAAGCAGCACAAAACCGAAUGUCGACCAUUUCGUAUAGCCAAAGAUAAGGUUUUAGGACGUUACUUGAGAGCCACGCGCCCAAUUAAAGCAGGCAGUGCGAUUUUCGUUGAAAUGCCAAUUAUUGUCGGUCCAAAAUGGUAUCUAAAUGAGCGCGAGGAACAAGUGCCAGUUAUGCCGUGUGUAGGAUGCUUCACACCUUGCCGCAUGGGCAUCCAUCAAUGUCCCAAAUGCCAUUGGCCAACAUGCUCCGCAAACUGUGGAGGUUUGGAUAAUCCGAAUCUUCAUGGCCUGGAAUGUACGAUACUUAUGCUAGGGCCCGGUCCAGCGUCUUCAGAUCCUCGCUCACUUAUAGACUACUAUCGCUCGGAUGCUUUAGUUGUGCUUAAGUGUCUGUUAUUGCAACGUCAAAAUCCAAAAAAAUGGGCUGAACUAAUGGAUAUGCAAAGUCAUGAGGAGGAGCGUGUUGGUUCUGAGUUACACGAUGAUGCCGAAAAGAGGAUUGUCUCUUAUCUAGAACGGAACUUCCUGCACCGCCUAAAAAGCGUUGAGCAAAAGCAAAAGCAAAAAUAUCUGCACGAGUAUGACACACCGGUUCUGCAUCGCAUUUGUGGCAUCAUUGAGACGAAUUAUAUGUGCAUUAAUUUGCCAUCUGGCAUUGAGUUGAGCGGCGUUUUCUACACGGCCUGUAUGAUGGAGCACGCCUGCCAACCAAAUUGCUACUUUCAAUUCGACCAGCGUAACGGCUUCAAAAUCUCUGUUAUAGCCGGUAGAGAUAUUGAGAGAGAUGAACACCUAAUCAUCAUGUACUCAAACAUGUUAUGGGGCACACAGAUGCGCCAGGAGCACUUGACCAUGACGAAGCAUUUUCUCUGCAAAUGUGAACGCUGCCGCGAUCCCACAGAAUAUGGUACUCAUUUCAGUUCAAUGCUAUGUAUGGGCGAUGAAGGAGAAUCAUGUGAAGGUAUCCAAUUGCCAAAGGAUCCCCUCGAUAUUAAAAGCGACUGGGCAUGCAACAAGUGCCCGAUCACGAUCAGUGGGGAGGAGGUUCGUUAUCUUCUGACGCAAAUGGCCGAUGAAGUUGAAAAUCUCUUGGCUCGCAAACCUACAGUUAAACAAUUGGAAGCACUUAUCGAAAAACUAUCGAAAUUUCUGCAUCCUCACCACUAUCAUUUGUUCAAUUUGAAGCACACCCUUAUACAAUUAUACGGCACGGAAUCUGGUAAUUUACUGAAAAAUGUGGGUGAGGGACUUUUAACCAAGAAAUUACAAUUAUGUGAGGAACUUUACGGUAUCUGUCAAAAACUGGAUCCAUACACCAUACGCUUGUCAAUUUAUGUUGGUAUUAUACUGUACGAAAUGCAAACGGUUCUGGUUGAGCGCGGUAAACCUGUACUAGCAAGUAGCAACAAGAACGAAGAUAACACAGCGAAGGCAUUUGAUGCCUUUAAUUUAGCUCGCAAGAAGCUGCUUAAAGCGGCCAAGGUCUUGGAAAAGGAGUUGGAUAAUGUGGCAGGCAGCAAGCUGAGCGAUGCUGUACUAAAGUCGCUUAACGAAUUGGAUACGUUAAUCAAGAAUAAUAGCUAACUUAGCAGUUUAUUAAGUAGCACCUAAGUGCCAUCCUUAUUUGCCUUCCAAUGAAUAAAUAUACAUUUGUUUAUUCUAUUUGUAUAUUUUUGAAUAGUUAUGCUUUUUCAC